AACCGGAGGGUUAAUUCGUUUGGGAAGAUGUAGUUGCCUUCGUCGUAGAUAUUAUUUCAACAAGAGUCUCAGUCUAUGACGGGAAGUAGCCUAGUGGUUGCUGCACGUUGAGGUAUUUCAACAUUUCCCCUUUGCUACGGAAAAGCGGUGGUGACGUCAGACAGACAAGCCUGAGCAGCAUUGCGCGCUCCCGACGCCAACGAGCACGAGCCGAAGCUCCACUUCCAUAGCAAGAACCAGGAAGUGGAAGUAUACACAUGGAGGGUGUGUCUUUCCCUGCCAGUGAAUGUUUUAUUUUUAAAAACACUGUCCUCCUUUGAUAAAUAAUGGGGGACUCGGCGAAGACCAAGCGGCGGGAGCAGCUGAAGCGCUGGGCCGAAUCCUGCACCAACAAAACGUCGGCGGUGCCCAGGCGGAGGUGGCGGGGCGAUGCCGAGAAUGGAGCAGGAGAGCCGGAGGCCGAGCUUGGCGACCGGUCGAGGGACCAGCUGGAAUCUGUGGUCAGAGAUGAAACCAGCCCCCUCCUCAAACGACGGAAAAGCGUAAGAUUUGACAGGGCUGCAGAGUUCCUGGCUGCCUGUGCCAGCGGGGACACAGAAGAGGCCCAGGCAAUGCUGAAGGAAGCCAAAGAGACCAAAGGGAGGAAUGGGGAGGAUGUGUCAGAAAUUAUCAACUGUUCUAAUGCAGAUGGAAUUACUGCUCUUCACCAGGCCUGCAUUGAUGGCAGCAUGGAGAUGGUGUCUUUCCUUUUGGAGCGUGGUGCCAAUGUGAACCAGGUUGACAGUGAGGGAUGGACACCACUGCAUGUUGCUGCCUCCUGCGGCAACCCUGACAUUGCAGAUUUCCUUUUGCAGUGUGGUGCGUCUCUCUCUGCUGUAAACUGUGACGGUGAUGUUCCUCUGGACAUUGCUCCUGAUGAGACCACUGAGUCCCUUCUUCAGGAUUACACUCGGAGACAGGGUGUGGACUUGGAGGCAGCAAAGCGGCUGGAGGAGGAACAGAUCAUGAUAGAUGCCCAGAAAUGGCUUAAUGAGGGCCCACCUGCUGAUGUAAGACAUCCCAGGACCGGGGCCACCCCACUGCAUGUGGCUGCUGCCAAAGGCUACCUAGAAGCUCUCAAGAUACUGUGUCAGUGUGGGCUGGAUGUGUCGGCUGUGGACUUUGAUGGCUGGACACCUCUGCACGCUGCAGCACACUGGGGUCAGGGCGAGGCCUGUCGCGUUCUAGCUGAACAACUGUGCAAUAUGGAGGCCUGCAGCAAAGCGGGUCAGACACCAUUUGAUGUAGCUGACGAAAGUGUUCAAGAGCUCCUGGAAGAGUUAUCACAGAAACAAGCCAAUUCUAUAUUGGACAGGCAAAACCAACAAGGAUCCACCGCUGCAAAUGCACCAAACAAACUGCGGAGAACAUCAGUGUGCAGAAUGAGCAGUAAAGACAAGAUGAACGUGCAGGACCAGUCUAAAGAGAGGGGUGUUUCAGGGGGCCUGGAGGCGAGUGAGGAGAAAGAGAGCAGCCCCGAAAACUCCACCAUGUCCAGUCCAGACACUGAGAGUGUGACCACAUCGACAGUCAGCCCUGCAGACAAGACACCAGAGGAGAAAGAUGAGGAGGACAAGGAGCAGGACAAGGCAAACCGCACUGCCAGAGUCCAACCCACUCCUCAGACAAGGGAUGCUUCGGCAGAGAGCCCCAACGCCCCCAAUGCUGACAGGCGCAAGUUCCAGGCUCCAGUCAGAGACGAAGAGUCUGAGUCUCAGAGGAAAGCUCGCUCUCGGCUGAUGCGGCAGUCUCGCCGCUCCACGCAGGGUGUAACUCUGACCGACUUAAAAGAAGCUGAGAAGACUGUGGCCAAAGCUGCAGAACCACCGCCUCGCAACAUCCAGCCUGUCAGCCCCAUUGUUACGGUCACGCCUGCUGAAAGGGAUACAGACCCGGUGAAGCAGGAGGAACCGGAGGGAGAGAAGCGCCUGGGAGUGAAGGACAGGAGGAGAGGGAGGAGGGAGAGACGCUCUACUGGCAUCAUUCAGCCGUGUGGAGAGAAUGAAGAUGCGGAUGCUCACUUGGAUGAUACAAACAGGACUUCCACUGAGAGUCAACUGGGAGGCUCGUCAGCUGACUACAGAACGCUGUACUUAAAGGUACUGCAGGACAACCUGGCUCUGAAGGACAAGCUGCAGGAGAUGGAGCUGCUGCUCAGCCAAAACAAGGUAGAGCUGGAGCGACUCCGACAGAAUCAAGAGAGCAGCACAGACAGACCGGCCCUGCUGGAACUGGAGAGAUUUGAGAAGAUGGCCCUCCAGAGGAAAGCUGUGGAACUGGAGGACGAGCUAAAGGUCCUGGGGGAUCUCAGAGCAGACAACCAGAGGCUCAAGGAUGAGAACGCCGCCCUCAUUCGGGUCAUCAGCAAACUCUCAAGAUGAACCUUUAAAGAAAACCUACAUGGAGAUAAAAGUAUUACAUUCUUUGCCCAACUCAGAAGAGACAAACCAGUAAGGGAGACGGCAGCGUCAAACACCUGCACAGCACAUUCACCAGUAACUGGAGCAACACAUAGAUUUCAGGGUUAUUAGCCUGUGUUUGGGCCUUUAUGUUUUGGCAGAUCUACUGUAUAACAAGCUGAACUGCACCUCCUGUGGACUGGCAGGAUGAUUCCUGUUGGCAU